AUGACUACGGAUAACAGCAGCUUCUCGAAGACGGGACCAAAGUCAGAAUCGAAGACAACACUGAAGACAAGAUCAGAUCAAAAGUCGAAGACAAGAUCGAAGAUUGAGCGCAAGAUGGAAAGCAAACCAAUCUCAUCGCCUAACGAAUCUCCUGCAAAACGCCGACGCGUCGGCGGCUCAUCACCAUCCACCAACACGCAGUCAGCUAGGGACACAUCUGACAGCAUCGAGACUGAGCCCGAACGCAAGGACAUCUUCUCCACACUCACAGAAGAACUCCAUCGGAUGAUCCUGGACAACAUCGCCAAAGACGAGAAGUUUGAUCCUAAACAAUUAGGCUGGCUCGAGCGCCGUCCUGAGGACUUCAACUUGACAUUGACCAAGUUCGACGAUGCCGACUGGGAAUCCAUUAUGGCUCUCCUAGCCACAAGCAAAGCAACCCGCCAUGCAAUGCUCCAGCAUCUCCUAGACAACGAGAUCAUGCGGAUCUUCGUCCAGCUAAGCGACGACCGCAGAUCGCUUCAUGUGGACGAUAUCGGGCAUCCAGCCCUCACACUUGGAGCCUUCUCUAGCCCAGAUGCUCCAAAGUUCGCGCCUCGGUAUCUCGUCAUCAUCUUCGAACUAAAUCCCGACCACGAAGUGCAACAUCCUGCCUCCGCACUCAGCGAAGCGCUCCGUCCGCUUCUACCAGAUGUCCUUACUAGACUGCGGAACCUGACUAUUGUGCAGCGCCGAGCUCGUCGCAGAACGAUCAAUAAGUACGGCUGGAGCAGGAUAUUCAGCACUGAGUUCUUCCACGACCAAGACAACCUGGGGUCGCAGCUCCGGCGGCUGUGGUGCAGAUUCGUCAAAGAGCAACCUGUCCAUGUGCACUCGUCUUUCCGGGUCUGCGGCGUGCAGUCCGAGUGGGUUGCUGAGAGGAUCCGGGGGACUGUAGCAGUUGGUGAUGGUAUCGCAGCUGCAACGGAAUUGAACACGAGCGAGGAUGAGUCUGAUACAAGUCAAGAAGAGUAG